AUAUCAUUGAUACAUACAAAUAUUAAAAUAUUUGGCCGUUUAUAGUUUUAAUUCUUACUGACAUUGCAUUAGGUUUUGGUUUCACCGGUGGGACUUCCUCCGUCUGCUGCACUCUGUCUUAAUGGCGAGCGAAGAAGAGAAUACAGAGUUCUACCUGCGAUACUAUGUUGGGCAUAAGGGUAAAUUCGGUCACGAAUUCUUGGAGUUCGAGUUCAGGCCUGAUGGCAAGCUUCGAUAUGCUAACAACUCCAAUUACAAAAACGAUACCAUCAUUCGUAAGGAGGUUUACCUCACUCCCGCUGUUCUUCGCGAGUGUCGCCGUAUCAUUUCCGAUAGCGAGAUUAUGAAGGAAGAUGAUAACAACUGGCCGGAGCCAGAUCGGGUAGGGCGUCAGGAGCUUGAGAUUGUGAUGGGGAAUGAGCAUAUCUCCUUCACCACAUCUAAGAUUGGCUCUCUUGUCGAUGUUCAAAGCAGUGCAGAUCCUGAAGGCCUUCGCAUCUUUUACUAUCUUGUUCAGGAUUUGAAGUGCUUUGUGUUCUCUCUUAUUUCACUUCACUUCAAGAUCAAGCCUAUAUAAGAUGUUUACAAUUAUGUAUGAGUUUGUCCUCUUGGGAAUGUGCACUCUUUAAACAAUUUUUACAUUUAUCUAAUGAUGUUUGACAUUUGUAAUGGAGAUGAACAAGAAAACCUGAUUUGAAUGGAUUACCUUUGUACCAAA